GGCAGUGACAGGCAGCGGCUCCUGCCCCAUGUGACUGGGGAGCGGCUGCCCCGUCCAUGGCUUGGCCUCCCCCGGGCAGCAGCAGCUCCGGCUCCCGGGGAGGAGGGGCGGGAGCUGCUGCUCCAUGGGGAGGAAGGGCAGCCCCCGGUCCCCCCAGGCGGAGGGGGGAUCCCGGGCCGCCUCCCCCCCAUCCCCGCUCUGGGCCUUACCCGAGGAGCUGCUGCUCCUCAUCUGCUCCUACCUGGACGCGCAGGCCUUGGGCCGCCUGGCCCAGGUCUGCCGCCGCCUGCGCUUCCUCAGCGGCCGCGAUCUCCUCUGGAGGCGCAUAGCCCGCGGCUGCCUCAACUCCGGCUUCACCCAGCUCGGCACCGACCUAGCUGCUGGCAUUCCAGUGAAGGAGAGGGUGAAAGUAUCUCAGAACUGGAGGCACGGACGCUGCCGGAGGGAGACGGUCCUGAAAUGGAAAUGCAAUUUGAUGCCAUGGAUGGAGCUGGAUGGCGAGUAUCUCUACCUGUCUCAAGCAGAGAACAUCCAGGCCUACCCCAUCUGUCCAGAGGGUACAGGUUUGCAGCGUCACCCUCAAGCCAUCUUCUCUGGCCACCAGGAGGAUGUAUGUCGCUUCGUUCUUGUCAACUCCCACAUCGUCAGCGGAGGGGGGGAUGGAAGUAUUGUCCUUCACAAGAUCCAUGGCUCCUACAGUGUCAAGUUCUCUGCGCAUGAACAGGAGGUGAACUGUGUGGAUUUCCAAGGUGGCCUCAUUGUCAGUGGCUCCCGGGACCGAACAGCGAAGGUUUGGUCCCUGUCCGCGGGCAGAGUUGGUCAGUGUCUACAUACAGUGCAGACAGAGGAUCGAGUGUGGUCCAUUGCUAUCAGCCCAUUAUUAAGCUCAUUUGUGACGGGGACAGCCUGCUGUGGACACACCUCACCUCUGAGAAUCUGGGACCUUGAGAGGUGAGUGAGCU